AUGCUUUUCAAGCAGGCUCGGCAUGACAAGUCGGAGAACACCUCCUCAGAUGUGGCACAAUUCUGGGGAUCAAUGGAGCGCCUCCUUGAGAUUGAGGACGAGAAGGACGAAGCUGUAGUCAAUUCGGAACUAGUAUCAUAUGUCAAGAAGGCCUCAGAUAAUUACAAAGAGUACCUGCAUACAGAGCAAGACAUUUAUCGUUUGGCCCUAAUUUUAACUCAAUCGAAACUUUUCCAAAAUAAUAGAGAGUUCUGCCUAAGUAAACUUUUAUCUCUCCUAAGCGUUGACCUUUUGGAAACGAAUUUGAAAUUCAUUAUCAGUUACAUUAUCCUUUGUGCCUCUAAAAGCGAUUCUUCAUUGUUAGAGAUACUAUUACAAUUUCAGGGUUUUACAGUAAUCUACAAUAAUUUGUACAACCAUUUUGCAUACCUAAGCCGUUAUGGGGAGGAAAGAUUCCUCUCAAACAAAGUGACCGAAGAACAAUCCGAUUUAACGGAUAUUGAGUUUGAAAUCAUUGAAGGAUUGAAGCAAAUUUCAACCGUUUUGAUGGGAAUUUUGUUCCAAAUUUUCAAGUACUCCAAAUGUGAUAUUGGGAAUAUUGGAAUUGUGGACGACUUCUUUGUCUAUUUUCUAAUGAAAUCCAUCCGAUCUGACACAACAGAUGACAUCUUCAACAACACGAAGUUUAAAUUACUUUUAGCUCUGAACGAGCAGUAUAUGAUAUUCUCAUAUCAGUAUGAGGUGGAAAAUAAGGUUUACAAGUACUUGAUUAAUAACUCAGUGUCUAAAAACUUCAUGGAGCUUCUCCUUUUGAUGUUUAAUAGAGUGACUGACAGAUCAUUGCAAAUAAUGAUGUGUAAAAUCAUUUAUUUGAUCCUAACUUCUGAUGAGGAUUUGGCGAGAGAUUUCUUCUAUUUAAACGAUUUACAUGUAUUUGUGGAUGUUCUUCUCAGAGAGCUCAAAGACAUUUCAGAGGAUGAGGAGCUGAUCAGGAAUACUUUUCUCAGAGUACUGUUUCCUCUCUUAAAAAACACUGAAUUAAUCAACAGCCAUUACCGUAGAUCGGAUUUGGUAGAAGUACUGGAAUACUUGUCAUCCUUAGACAACAUAUGUUCGACUGAAGAGAUAAAAAGGGAACACAAGACUACUAGCAGACUUGCUUUGAAGUGUCUGAAUCAGGUGGAAUGGCUACAGUACUCAAAACCCGAGGGAUCAGACAAAGAAAGUAGCGAGGGAAGUAGGCGAUCAAGUGUUAGCAUAGGUUCUAUUCCUUCACAACGUGGUUACCUAGACAAGCGUGCACAGCACUUAUACAUGAAUAAUCAAUCCUCUCUUUCAGCAGAGUCCAUCACCAAACGUCUUCAAGCCCCCCCACCUCCACCCGCCAGAAAAGCGCCUUCGCGUGUUGGCAGCGGACAAAAAGUUGCUCAAUUUAAGCCCAACUAA